GAUGGAGUUUGAGACGACGGAGACCGUACGCUCGACACCAAGUCGACACGAAAAAAGUUUGGGGCUCCUCACAAUGAAGUUUGUCAGUCUGCUACAAGAAGCUAAGGAUGGCGUCCUUGAUCUGAAAGUGGCUGCAGACAGCUUGGCAGUGAAGCAGAAGAGGAGGAUAUACGACAUCACUAAUGUGCUGGAAGGUGUGGGGCUGAUUGAGAAGAAAAACAAGAAUAUCAUCCAGUGGAGGGGUGAGAACACAGGUAGCCAAACUCAAGAGGUGCUGGAGCAGGUAAAAGUGUUGAAGGCACAGAUCUCUGAGCUGGAGGCCCAGGAGAAAGAGCUGGACAACCAAAAGGCCUGGCUGGAGGAGAACAUCAAACAGCUUAACCAUGAUCCUAUCACCAACACUUAUAAAUUUGUGACACAUGAAGACAUCUGCAGUGCUUUCAGCGGAGACACUCUUCUUGCUGUUGUGGCUCCUGCCGGGACACAGCUAGAGGUUCCACUACCUGAAAUGGGCCUGAGUGGUCAGAAGAAGUACCAGGUUAACCUACGCAGCCACACAGCUCCCAUCCAGGUCAUGCUCAUCAACAGAGAUUCAGAAUCCACAAUACCCGUGGUCUUCCCUGUGCCACCCACCGACGACAUCUGUCCGAUGCCAACUCCACCCACCACCCCCGCCAGCCUACAGAGGUUCCCCCUUUCAACGUCAGCGUACUCCAUCUCCAAUACCACCUCCUAUUGCAGCCAGGACUCCCUCUGCUCAGACCACCAGAUGGUGCUGCCAGAACAUGAUGAAGUGCUGACGCCGUCGUCCACCCCUCCUGAUGUGCAGAUGGAGUGUCAGCCAGUGGCAGUGUUGGAGCAGCAGCAGAUGGACCUGGCAGGCCCAGAAUUCCAGUCUGUCCUGGACGUGAGCAGCCUGCUGAAGCUCAGUGCUGCUGGGGACCACAUGAAGGAUGACAGAGAGGGAGCUGUUGACCUGAUUGAUGAGCUAAUGUCCACUGAUGGUAUAGAUUACAGCUUCAACCUGGAUGACAAUGAGGGAGUGUGUGACCUGUUUGACGUGCAGAUCCUCAAUUACUGAUGGCUGACACGGGCUCCUGUGUGCGCUUAUACAAUCUCUCUAAAGAUGCUUCAAACAUAACUUUUCCCAUUUUUUUUGUUAUAAUUGCACAGCUGGUAUAUUAACAUACCACUCUUAUAUAUCUUAAAACCCAUUUUACACAUAUUAGAAUUCACCUCCAUGCACCAGACUACUUCAAAUUACUAUACUGGCUACUUUGCGUAGCCAGCAGUCGUUAUGUCUCCAUUAGGUCUUUAAUAGUUGACUGGGUGGUUAUCUGCAACAUUCCAACAUUAGGUGCCUUACUGGAAGAAAACCAGAAAAUCCUUCAGCCUCCUGCUGCACUUUAGCAUGUAAAUUUAUUUUUCCACAUCCAGUGGAAAGCCUGAGACUUGAAGACAACAGCUUUAUUUUCUGUAGUUUAUCAACACGUGGAACUGUGACAGUGUUUUACUUUAGAUGUUAUUUACAGUAACUCGUUCAGUAUUGGCCUUUUUGUUUUGUUUUUUUAUUUGAUACAGGGUUGAUGAACUUGUUCAGGGUAUGUAAGUACGUUAACUUUGUUUCCUUGGAAACCACAUUGUGUAAAAACAGAUUUCAUAGUUAUAUUUCAUAAAAUGGCAUAUCGUAUUUAAUGAGUGAAUGUUUUGGUUACAUUUUGUAACCCUGUUCUCAUGUGGAAAAAAUGCCAGAAAGUUUUCUUUUCUAUUGUGACACUGCCAUUUUAGGCCUCUGAGUUUUUGUUUUAAAAAAAAUCUUAAAUUACAGUUAUAUAUUUGAAUAUAUUUGGUUUGGUUUGGUUCGGCAAAUUUUUUUUUUACUUAAUUUAAGAAAAAAGAGUUAUUGAUUCUAUUUUGUUGAAAAUGUAGUUAGUUUACUGCCUUAAUCAUCAUUUAGAAAGUGAAUUAGCCGCAUUUCUCAUCUGAACCAUUAAAUAGAUAUUAAGAGAAUAAAUAUUGAGCCACAUUUUUGUAUAUUUAUAGUUUUCUUUAAUUACAAGAAGCCAUGUUUUUGUUACAGUUUGUCAUUUCUUUGCACAUUUUUGAAAGUUUUUUUCAAUAAAUGGAUUUAAUCCUAA